AUGGCUGCCAAGCCUAGUUCUCAACUACUCCAAUUGCCGUUGGUUAUUCUUCGCAUUGUCGUAGAAGAUAAUGCCUACUCCAACUUUCGCCUCGUCUCAAGAACAUGCCGUAAUAGGUCCGAGUACUUGCUCUUCCGCAACAUUACGAUCGAUGAUCGCACCGCCGUUAGUCAAAGCCAGUCAACAAAAAUACUAGAGAAGCUCAAGGAUAGCAAUGGGGUCACUGGAGAGUAUAUCAGACAUCUAAAGAUAGGCCCUUUUAAGGACGAGGACAGGUUUGAGAUAGAAAUCUCGCCAAUGCUAGUGGGUAUUCUAAAGAACGCCCACAGCCUGCAGGACCUCACCUGGAGCAUGAAUUGCGCGCCUCUACCAGUCAUGCUCGAUUCAUUUCACGAAUGGCACCCUUCGGCACAUCUGCAUAUGAUACUCCGAAAUCGCAAAUUCAACCCCCUCAGCCGCGAUAUACUUUCUUCUCCUCAACUGUACACCCUUGACACCGAAGUUUACCGAAUUAUGCCCGAUGACACUGAACGGUCGUUGAGUGAGCUGUCUUUGAUUAAGAAUAGCAUAGCUCCCAGUCUACAAGUCCUGCGUCUUUCAUCUCGCGGUGUCCACGCAUACCCACAACGUGCGCAAUUUGAGGGCUGGGAAAUUAUCAAACACAGCACAUUCAAUUUCGACUUCCAGCCCGGCGACCGCUUUCCUGCACUCUUGGAGUUGGCCCUGGAGGAUGAUGAGUUCAUCUUAUCAGAGGAAAACUGCGAUCUAUGGGCGCGCGCAACAUCCUGGGAACGACUAGAGCGCCUGGAUCUCUACAGGGGCGCGCCGCGCCAUUUUUUCGCUUCCCUCACUAACCGCUCUACCAACCUCAAGUAUCUCAGAUUCUACAUCAACUCGCCGACCUCCAAUCGAACAUGGGAUCUUCAUCCUUUGGAAACUGGACUUCUCGUUCUAGCAAAAUUCUUUGCUUCUACUGCAUCCCUCCACACUCUCGACUUCGGUGUGCAAGAUCUUGACGUUCUGGCGCGCACUUUACGCGUCAUACUACAGAAUCUUCAUGGCAGUUUGCGAAACUUGACGAUAACGAGCAGUGGAGGUGGCAACUAUUCAGGUCCCAUCGAUUUCAUACCAGGAAUGUUGGCCUGGGAUCUGGAGCACUACAUGGAAGUGCUUGAGCUAGCACCUGGGUUGGAGCAUCUGGACGCGCGAAUUGGCGAGGAUGCAGUUGUGGGAGAUUGGAAGGGUAGGGAAUGCUAUGCGGAUUCUGGGAAGAAAUGGAAGACUGCGGAAAAGAAGAUCAAGAGUAAACCGAAGGAGAAGAAACAGCGGUCCAAGAAAGCGCAGAAGUUGGUGUGGUAG